AUGGCUAUGAGGGCUAGGCACAAGAUUCGUGCCCCACGGAGGGGUCUGAGUGCGGCGAAGACUGACGAUUUUGACACAAUAUGGGGGGUGCUGUCAUCUUCUUUGAAUGAAAUACAUACAAAGAAUGCCUCCGCUCUUUCCUUCGAAGAGCUGUACCGGAACGCCUACAGAAUCGUCUUGAUGACUCGCGGUGAUGAUCUCUACGAACGAGUAAAGAAGCUGGAGGAAGAAUGGCUGGGAAGCGAAGUGAAGAAAACAGUGACAGCAGCAAUUUCGCCGACAUUACUGCUGGCGCAGGAGCCUGCAGAUAUCCAAGACCAAGCCAGCGAGCGAAGAGAAGCAGGAGAGAAGUUCCUGACUGUGCUCAAGGGUGCAUGGGAAGACCACCAACUAUGCAUGGGAAUGAUUACGGACGUUCUUAUGUACAUGGAUCGAAUCAUCAUGGCGGACUUUCGAAAGCCUUCAAUAUAUGUUGCGUCGAUGGCGUUAUUUCGCGAUCAAGUUCUGCGAUCUCCCAUCCAACCUGACACAAAAACCACAGUUGCCGAUGUGCUUGAGACCACCGUGCUGUUCAUGAUUCAAUUGGAACGAUCUGGUCACGUCAUUGACCGUCCCCUCAUCCGGCAUUGUAUCUACAUGCUUGAGGGUCUCUACGAAACCAUCACAGAGGAGGAGUCAUCAAAACUCUAUCUUACCAUGUUUGAACCCACUUUCCUCGAAACAAGCAAGGUUUUCUAUCGAGCUGAAGGGCAGCGUCUGUUGGAAAUGGCCGAUGCAGCUUCCUUUUGUCGGAUCGCCUCGAACCGAAUUGCCGAAGAGAAAGAACGAUGCCAUUAUACCCUCUCGCCCCUUACUGAGCCAAAAAUCAAGAAUGUUCUCGACCAAGAGUUAAUUGCCAGGAACAUCGAAGAGGUCAUCAACCUUGAAGGCACGGGUGUCAGGAAUUUGCUUGACAACGAUCGGGUGGAUAUUUUGCGAGACAUUUAUGAACUUAGCGCUCGGGUCGACAACAAAAAGUCUCCUCUCACCACGGCCGUCCAGAAACGGAUCAGUCAAAUGGGUCGAGAGAUCAAUGCGUCGUCUAUUGCAUAUGAGAAGUCGUCAAUAUCUGCUGGUUCGAAAGCAACGGAAAAGAGUUCCAGCGGCGAGAAGAAGCCCGCGGAAAAGGAAAAGCCUGUGAACCAGCAAACAGUGGCUGCUAUCAAGUGGGUUGACGAUAUCCUAGCCCUCAAGAGGAAAUUCGACAAUAUCUGGGAGAAGGCCUUCUUGUCGGACCAGGGCAUGCAAAGUGCCAUCACUACUAGCUUUUCGGACUUCAUCAACUCGAAUGCACGCAGUUCGGAGUUUCUUUCUCUCUUCUUCGACGAGAAUUUGAAGAAAGGCAUCAAAGGCAAGACCGAAAGUGAGGUGGAUUCCCUGCUUGACAACGGCAUCACUCUGCUGCGGUACAUCAAGGACAAGGAUUUGUUCGAGACUUACUACAAGAAACAUCUUUCUCGCCGUCUCCUCAUGAAGCGGUCCGCCAGCAUGGAUGCUGAACGGCAGAUGAUCUCGAAGAUGAAGAUGGAGGUUGGAAACCAGUUCACACAGCGCUUGGAGGCCAUGUUCAAGGACAUGACCAUCUCGGAAGACUUGUCUGCCAGCUACAAAGAGCAUAUACGAAAGUCAGGGGACCCGGAUCAGAAACGGGUUGAUUUGGAAAUCAACGUCCUCACCAGCACCAUGUGGCCCAUGGAGAUCAUGUCGAACCCCAAAGAAGGCGAAGUCCAGCUCCCAUGUAUCCUUCCGAAAGAGGUUGAGAGCGUUAAACAGAGCUUUGAGCAAUUCUAUCUCAACAAACACAACGGCCGCAAGCUAUCAUGGCAACCGAGCAUGGGAACCGCUGAUAUCCGGGCGACGUUUCAACGAUCGAGUGGGAAGGUCCAACGGCAUGAACUCAAUGUAUCAACAUACGCCAUGAUCAUACUCCUCCUUUUCAAUGACGUACCUACAGGCGAGUCACUCACGUUCGAGGAGAUUCAGGAGCGGACGCGCAUUCCACAGCACGACCUGAUUCGCAACUUGCAAUCACUGGCUGUCGCACCGAAAACGCGGGUUCUGAAGAAGGAACCCAUGAGCAAGGAUGUGAAGCCCACGGACAGGUUCUUUUUCAAUAACGAAUUCCAAAGCCAGUUCAUGAAGGUCCGUAUAGGGGUUGUUAGUGGUGGUGCCAACAAGGUCGAAAAUCAGGACCAGCGAAAGGAAACGGAGAGCAAGAUGAAUGAGGAGCGAGGGGCCAGUAUUGAGGCGGCAAUUGUUCGAAUCAUGAAGCAACGCAAGACGCUGGUCCAUUCGAGUCUUAUGAGCGAGGUGCUUGGCCAGUUGUCUGCACGGUUCGUUCCCGACGUGAAUAUGGUCAAGAAACGGAUUGAGAGUUUGAUUGACCGUGAAUAUCUCGAGCGUGUGGCUGAGGACCCUCCGACCUACGGAUACAUUGCUUGA